AUGGCCAUCUUCAGGCAGCUGUCCCUAGGCGCGAAGGCCACCCUGGCUGCCGUCACUGUCUUCGUGUCCAUGAUCGCCUCCCGCUCUUUUCUGGCAGAGAGCCUGGAGCUCAGGGCCCGGCGUUGGCUGCUUCGCUUGCAGCUUGCCCUGUUUGUCAACUCGCUCAUGCUCAUUGGCUCCCUCUACAUUUGGCGCAGCACGGUCAGCAACCUCUGCCACUCCCCGGCGGCGGAGUCAACCUGUUUUCAGCUUUGGAAGGUGGUGGUUCUGGCAUUUCUGGCCCUGGCCCAUUCCAGUUUCUUCACCACGUUCUUUUUAGUGGCCGAGGAGCCUUAUCUCUUUUCCUUGGCAGCCUACUCCUGCCUGGGCGCCUACAUCAUCAUGCUCUUCUUCCUCUGCAUCCUCAGCAGCAUGGAGCAGGCCUGCCAGCUCUUGGCCUGGCGCAGUGGUAGGGUUGUGGGCAGCCUUGACAAGACAAGGAAGCUGGCGCUCAGGCCUGCCUUGGCAGUGGGAGUGACAGCUGUGCUCAGCGUGGCAGGGAUUCUGAAUGCCGCACAGCCCCCGGCGGUGAAGACUGUGGAGGUGCCCGUCCAUCAGCUGCCCGCCUCGGUGAACAACCUCAAGAUUGCGCUCCUCUCAGACAUUCACUUGGGCCCCACAGUGGGCAGGACCAAGAUGGAGAUGUUUGUGAGGAUGGUGAAUGUGCUGGAACCGGACAUCACAGUGAUCGUGGGUGACCUCUCCGACUCGGAAGCCUCAGUCCUGCGGACGGCAGUCGCUCCUCUGGAGCAGCUUCAGUCACGUCUCGGCGCCUACUUCGUCACAGGCAAUCAUGAGUACUACACGUCGGAUGUCAGCAACUGGUUUGCACUGCUGGAGUCCCUGCACGUCCGGCCUCUUCAUAAUGAGAACGUGAAGAUUUCCGCCACCCGGGCCCGGCGUGUUGGUGGUGGCAGUGGCGGUGGGAGUGAGGACGAGGACUGGAUCUGCCUGGCUGGGGUGGAUGAUAUUGAAGCAGACAUCCUGCACUACUCUGGCCAUGGCAUGGAUCUCGACAAGGCCCUGGAGGGCUGCAGCCCGGACCACACCAUCAUCUUGCUAGCUCACCAGCCUCUGGCUGCCAAGAGAGCCCUCCAGGCUCGGCCAGAUAUUAACCUCAUCCUUUCUGGGCACACACAUGCUGGGCAGAUCUUCCCCUUGAACGUAGCAGCCUAUCUCCUGAAUCCCUUCUUUGCUGGUCUCUACCAAGUGGCCCAGGCCACGUUCGUAUAUGUCAGCCCAGGCACAGCCUACUAUGGGAUACCCAUGAGGUUGGGUAGCAGGGCGGAGAUCACAGAGCUCAUCCUGCAGCGGGCUCCCUGA